UAUAUAGAUAUCAUAAAUACCGAUACAGUUGCACAAAUCCUUGACAAAACAGGGAAUCCCUACAUAAUGGUAUCUGAAACCUGAAAUAAAAUGUACGUUUGAUGGGUAACCAGGCCCACAAUAUGAACUUUGACCCCUAUUAUGUAUCCACGUCCUGGUAAUAGAUAAGACAGAAGGACAAAGCUCAAGCUGCCAGAAUCGUCGUCCCACUUUACGUGUAGAAACACAGUCACGCUAUACACAUCAUGUCAGCGGAGAAAAAGAUACCCCCCGAGAUGUUCGACCCAAAAUGCAAUAUGACCCCGGAAAUGACGGCAAAGCUCUACGACAACUGGUCUGGUUACUAUGAAGAGGAGAUUAUAACGCAGCGGAACUGCAGAGCUCCCCGUGUCUGCGCAGGCGCUGUAGCAAAAGCCCUGGGCGGGUCGGACCGAGGGAAGGCCCGGGUUCUUGACGUGGGUGCCGGGACCGGAGCGUGCGGGGAAGAGCUCGCGAAGUUGGGCUUUACCAACAUAGACGCUGUGGACGGGAGUCAGGGCAUGCUGAGCCAGGCCGAGGGGAAGCACAUCUACAACCGACUCAUCUGCGCCUUUGUCGGACCGAACCGUCUGGACAUCGAAGCCGACACCUAUGACGCCAUCGCUUGCAGCGCUGUUUUCGCACCCAACCACCUGAAGGAGGACUGCCUACCUGAGCUCAUACGGGUCGCCAAACCAGGUGGCUAUAUCAUCAUCACGCUCCGUGAGGAGUACCUGUACAUAGUGGAGGAUUACAUUGACAAGCUGGAGCCCGCCAUGGCCCGUCUGCAGGACGAGGGACUCUGGGAACGAGUCAGCCGGGAUGUCUUCAAGAUGUACGAGGUCGAAGACAAAGACGGGAUCACCUUCGUCUUCAAGGUCCUGUAGCGGGCGACAUUUCUGUUCAAAUAUGAUCACCUUCGUCUACAAGGUCCUGUAGCAGGCGACAUUUCGGCUCAAAUGUGAUCACCUUCGUCUACAAGGUCCUGUAGAAGGCGACAUUUCGGCUCAAAUGUGAUCACCUUCGUCUACAAGCACCUGUAGCGGGCGACAUUUCGGCUCAAAUGUGAUCACCUUCGUCUACAAGGUCCUGUAGCGGGAGACAUUUAGGCUCAAAUGUGACUUGCUAAAAAUAAAAGUUCAAUGAUUAGAUUCA